AUGUACAGAUUUACAAACCAAAUAACAAAUCCUAGCUUAGUUUUGGUCAGAAAACAAAUUGGUGAUGGAUCAUGUUCAGCCCUUAUAGUAAUGAGAUCACCUCAUCGGAGGAAUGCAUCAGACAAACAUUCGGCAAAAGUUCCCCCCAAAUCACGGAAAUUACUAUGGGGGACCCUUGGUGCUUCUCUUCUCACUGGUACGGCUGUUGUGUAUGCCAAGCACAGCCCAGAAGCAAGAAACUGGUUGGAGUCAAAUGCCCCCCUGGGCUAA